UGUAAUGCUGCCUUAAGGAGAUGAAGAGAUGAGAGCAAAUUGUUCCGGCAGCUCAGCCUGCGCUGCUAACAGUUCAGAGGAGAAGCUGCCCGUGGGACCGGAGGUACAUGGGAACCUGGAACUUGUUUUCACAGUGGUGUCGGCCGUGAUGAUGGGCCUGCUCAUGUUCUCCUUGGGAUGCUCUGUGGAGUUCCGGAAGCUCUGGGCGCACAUCAGGAGACCCUGGGGCAUUGCUGUGGGACUGCUCUGCCAGUUUGGCCUCAUGCCUCUCACAGCCUAUCUCCUGGCCAUCAGCUUCUCUCUGAAGCCAGCCCAAGCUAUUGCUGUUCUCGUCAUGGGGUGCUGCCCGGGGGGAACCAUCUCGAACAUUUUCACCUUCUGGGUCGAAGGAGAUAUGGAUCUCAGCAUCACUAUGACAACCUGUUCCACAGUGGCUGCUCUGGGAAUGAUGCCGCUCUGCCUGUAUCUCUACACCUGCCCCUGGAAUCUUGAGCAGAAUCUCACCAUCCCGUAUCAGAACAUAGGAAUCACCCUCGUGUGCCUCACCAUCCCCGUGGCCUUUGGUAUCUAUGUGAACUACAGGUGGCCUAAGCAAUCCAAAAUAAUCCUCAAGAUUGGGGCCAUUGUUGGUGGGGUCCUCCUUUUGGUGGUCGCAGUUGCUGGUGUGGUGUUGGCAAAAGGAUCUUGGAAUUCAGACAUCACUCUUCUGACCAUCAGUUUCAUCUUUCCUUUGAUUGGCCAUGUCGCGGGCUUUCUGCUGGCACUUCUUACCCACCAGUCUUGGCCGAGGUGCAGGACGAUUUCCUUAGAAACUGGAGCUCAGAAUAUUCAGAUGUGCGUCACCAUGCUCCAGUUAUCUUUCACUGCCAAGCAAUUGGUCCAGAUGCUUAGCUUCCCAUUGGCCUAUGGACUCUUCCAACUGUUGGACGGAUUUCUCAUUGUUGCAGCAUACAAGAUGUACAAAAGGAGAUUGAAGAAUGAACACAGAAAAAAGGACACAAGUUGUGCAGAAGGCUGCCAUAAAAAGAAAUCUACUUCUUUCAAAGAAGCCGGCGCUUUCUUGGAGGUGAAUGAAGAAGUUGUCGUAACUCCUGGGCCAUCAGUGCCGAUGGAUCUCUGCACAGCUCUGGAGCCCACCAGCCACAUCUCUUCUUGUACCUAGUAAGGGUUGCUGGCCUGACUGGUCUCCGUCUUCCUUAGUGGCCAGUAAAGACAGUGCAGAGCUGAUGCAUGCAUCUCACUGGCAGGGCCUGUGGGAAUAUUUGAAUAUUUAUAUUUUCAUGUGGUUUGUGAAUUGUCAUAGGAUCCAUUUUUGAGAAUGUAUUUCACCUAUUUCAGGGAGUUUUUGGGGAGUUUGCUCGAUGUAUUUACUGGCUGCUGUGUGUGUUCUUGUCUUCCCAUGCAGUGAAGAGUAACACCCGUUGUUAUGUGAAGUCAUUCUGGAUUAGAUGUCACCUCCCACUGCAUACAGUUCUCAUAAAAAAAUGUGGCCAUUUCUGAAACGAUUGUUUUUUUUAAGGGGUUGGAAAUCUUUUUGGAUUAUAGAUGUAAUACAAGUGUAGAGGGAAUUAAUGACCACUUGAGGUUAAAAUGUGAAUGCCAUGUAUUUUCACUCUCUAAUGAUCGGCACAUGUAUAGCCUUCUAAUUUUUGUUUAUGUUAUAUCAUUUUAAGAAAUACAGAGAUCAUUCCAUAUAUACUGUUUCAUAAGUCACGUAAUGACAUAUUAUGGAGAAUCUUGACAUGUCAGUCUUUGUUGAUCUACCUCAUUCUUUAGAACAGUGGCUUCAUAGAAGUAUUCCAUUGCAUAGAAGGACUGUAAUUUAUUUAACCAUUCCUUAUUCAUGGACAUUUAGAUAGCUUUGAACUUAUUGGUAUUAUAAUGCUGCUACAAAUACCCAUACUGUUGUGCAAGAAUUUUUGGAGGAUCACUUCCUACAACUUGAAAUGCCAGGCCAACCUCAUGUUAUAAUGUUGGACAGGCUGCUGUCCGAUGAUGUAUAGCAAUGCUUGAGUAGGGCUGGCUUCCCACAGCUGCACCAGUCUAAGGAAUGAUCAGUUCUGAUCUGUGAAAAUAUUUCNUAUUUAAGAUUCCAUUUAAAAAAUUAUGACUGGAGUAUUUUUCAUGAUCACUUGCCUAUUCAUGUCCUUUGCUUGCCUUUCUAUUGUGGUCUUUCCUUUUUGAUUGAUACAUUGUAACACAUUAUGGAUAGUGACCCUUUGUCCUGUUUUGUCAACGUUUUACCUAUUUUAAUCUUUUAUCUUUUAUUUUUCUAUGUCUUUUGCCAUAUAGAAGUUUUGUAUUUUUUACAUAUUCAGCUUUAUUAGUCUUAAAAAGUGCUUUUUGACCUUGAUGUCUGUCAAAUGUUAGAAUAUUUAUAUUUUUGUGUGGAUUAUGAAUUGUGAUAGUAUUUCUUUUUGAGAAUGUAUUUGCAGGAAGUUCUGCUUGGGGGUUUGCACAACAUAUUUACUCUCUGCUGUGUGUAUUGUCUGGCAGUAGGUAAAACCCAUUUCCCUCUCUUCUUACAUUAUUAAAAAUAUUUCCCAUGUUUUUUUCUAUGACUUUUAUGAACUAAGUAUGUAAAUGCUUAUUCCAUUUUGAAUCUCCGUUUUUCUACGGUGUGUUAAGAAUCUAAUUUUUUUGAUGGUUAACUAAUUGUUCCAACAUCAUAUAUUGAAUCAUUCAUCUUUUCUGACUGGAAAUGCCACCUUUCUCCCACAACUUCCUAUAUAAUGUGGGACUCCUCUAGUUUGUUCCAUUUUUUCUCUGUCUAGUCUUAUUUGUAAAUUUUGAAAUGUGUGAGAAAGUGUAUUGUCUGAGAUUUAGUGCUUUACAAUUUUAUUUUGUAAGUAUUCCCAAGAACCUGUGGGUUAAUAUAAUGAUAAUGAUUACUGUGGUAUUUUCACGACAAUUAAGAAUGCCUUUGUGGUAUUACAGAAAGGGCCCCAUUAGGUGUCACAAGUAUAUUUCUGUGAAAAAGAACUACGCAGACUGUCAUGUGUGUUAAUUCUCAACUGCUGCUUUAUUACUUGAGGAUUCCCAUUUAUCUACCUGAUGAAUGUUUGUGUCGAGAAGCUAGUCUGUGCUGUAUACAGGCCCAUGGGACAUGCAGGAAGGGUUCCUGCUGGCAGCGUUCAUAGUCUAGUGAGAAUAUAUCCCUGGAAUGAGCAGUCAGUGGCGUUGGGCAUUAACAGAAAUUCCCAGUUCUAAAAUGAGCAUUAACAUGAAUUUAAAGAAUCCAUAAACAAUGUAUUUUUAAAGUAUUUCUCUAAAUAGUCACCUAACACAAAGUGGUGAAAUCAAUGCUCUGUUCUGAAAAUAUUAAGUACAUGGUCAUUAUUUACCACAUCAGGACAAAUCUGGGGACAAGACCACCAAAAGCCACCCUUUAAGAUAGUCACGACACAAAUCAAUGUAAGGGUUUGAAAGUAGACCUGUCAGAAAUCUGUCGUCUCCAGAAGCAGUUUGUAAACGUGUUCCUGAGAACUGGACACAGUCAAAUUGUCCCAGAAGCCACACAUUAUCUUUAGUGUGAAGAAUGUAACUGGAAAAUAAAAAAAAAAAAAAAGCUCUAACUGAAUAAAUUGUAUUCUAACUGAUCUAAAUAAUCAUGGGUUCAUGGGGGGGGACGCCUGGGUAGCUCAGUUGGUUAAGCAUCUGCCUUCGGUUCAGGUCAUGAUCCCAGGAUCCUGGGACUGAGCCCCUGGUCAGGCUCCUUGCUCAGCAGGGAGUCUGCUUCUCCCUCCGCCCCUCCAUCCCCUCGUGCUCUCUCUCUCUCAAAUAAAUAAAAAUCCUUAACAACAAAAUAAUCAUGGGUUCAUGGAAGCGGGUGCCUAUAUGAAGCUCAGAAGUGGGGCCAGAGAAAUAAUGUUAAGAAUGAGUUCAGCUCUAUGUCUGGAAAAGAGCUGCUGGACCGUUGAGGCAGCACAGCGGGAAGAACAUGGGCUUUGCCAGGGCUACUCACUGUAUUCCACCUAAAGAGCUAGGAUGCCUUGGAGUUGCGGGUUGCAUUUAGGCCGACUUCAAAUUGAAUUCCAGCUCUGUUAUUUGGGCAACAUGGGGCAAGUGACAGUGUCUCUGAACUUUAGUUUCCUCUCUUAAAAAGGGUGAUAACAUUCAAUCUUAAACACCCUGACAGUAGAAAACACUUAGUAUGAUGUGUGGGAAGUGCUCAGUAACUGUGAACUGUUCCCUUCCUCAUGCAGCCACAAUUCAUCCUGGUGUACA